AUGGCACCCCCAAGAGAUAAUGCCGAGUCCCAGGACUCCUAUCUCUCUGACAACUCAGAAAUGAGUCAACCGGAUGUUGAAGACCGUGCGCCCAAGCGCCGCCGUCUCUCCGAGUCCGACGAGGAGGAGUACGUUGCGCCGGCGCCGCUCCCCACACUCUCCCGUAUCAAGAAGAAAGACGAUAGCGAAAAAAAGCCCGAGGCGACAGAGGAGGACCCCGUUACAAUCGCCGAUGCCCUUGAGAUUGGACUGCGGGCCGAGGAAUCUACGUUCGGAGCUUUGAAUGUGGCCCCAUGGCUCGUGGGCUCUUUGACGACUAUGGCUAUUCGACGUCCCACCGCGAUUCAGAAGGCUUGUAUUCCUGAAAUUUUGAAGGGGCGAGACUGCAUUGGUGGAAGUCGGACCGGUUCGGGAAAAACUAUGGCAUUUGCCGUUCCUAUCAUCCAGAAGUGGUCGCAGGAUCCGUUUGGGAUCUUUGCCGUGGUCUUGACGCCGACGAGAGAGCUGGCCCUUCAGAUCUUUGAGCAGUUCAAGGCUAUCUCCGCGCCGCAGAGCAUGAAGCCCAUCCUCGUUACCGGGGGCACCGAUAUGCGCCAGCAGGCAAUUGCUCUGGCGUCGCGGCCGCAUGUCGUCAUUGCGACCCCAGGACGAUUGGCUGACCACAUCAAGACGUCUGGUCAGGAUACGGUUGCGGGGUUGGGUAGAGUCAAGAUGGUCGUGCUUGAUGAAGCCGACCGACUGCUUGCAAGUGGGCGCGGCAGCAUGCUGCCAGACGUGGAAACUUGUCUCUCCGUUCUCCCGCCCUCGUCAGAACGCCAGACCCUCUUGUUCACUGCGACCUUGACCGCUGAAGUGCGGGCAUUGAAAUCGUUACCGCGAACAGAGAAUAAACCGCCCGUCUAUGUCACCGAGAUCUCGACCGAAAACCAAGGCAGCAUUCCGCCAACCCUCAAGCAGACAUAUCUCCAAGUCCCCAUGACCCAUCGUGAAGCUUUCUUGCACGCCUUGCUGUCGACCGACGAGAACAUUACCAAGCCCGUCAUCAUUUUCUGCAACCACACCAAGACUACCGACCUCCUUGAGCGCACCCUGCGUCGGCUCGGUCACCGCGCCACCUCCCUUCACAGUCUUCUUCCUCAAUCCGAGCGCACAUCCAACCUUGCCCGAUUCCGAGCCGCGGCUGCCCGGGUUCUCGUUGCUACGGACGUCGCAUCCCGUGGUCUCGAUAUCCCGAUCGUCAGCCUGGUUAUCAACUACGACGUGCCGCGGAACCCAGACGACUAUGUGCACCGUGUUGGUCGUACGGCCCGUGCUGGCCGGAAUGGCGAAGCCGUCACACUGGUCGGACAGCGUGACGUUGAGCUUGUGCUCGCCAUUGAGGCGCGCGUUGGUCGGAAGAUGGAGGAGUGGGCUCAGGAGGGUGUCAGCAUCGAGGGCCGUGUGACUCGAACGAGCCUUCUCAAGGAGGUGGGAGCUGCGAAACGCGAGGCUGCGGGUGAGAUCGAUGAGGGCCGUGAUGUGCUGGGCCGCAAGCGGAAUAAGUUGAAGAAGGUCCGGUGA